UCAUUCACUUCGCUCACCAGGCCACCCACCCGCCGUUCUCACCUUUGGUUUUUUAUACGCAAAGGCGUCGCCAUUUUUUUUCUACUUUCAACUAUCAAUCACAUUUCUUGAUCUCGCCUCACCUCUGCUAUGGACUUACUGGAUGCCGUCGUUCUUCUCCUGGCCUUCCUUUUUUUCUCCUUAUGGUGGCGUUACUGGUCCGCUACCGGGGGUGGCUCCAAGAAUCUCCCUCCUGGGCCACCGGGCUGGCCGAUUGUCGGAAAUCUCAUACAAGUCAUCCUCCAACGUCGUCCCUUCAUUUUCGUGGCUCGCGAUUUACGUGAAAAAUAUGGUCCCAUUUUCACAAUGCAAAUGGGGCAACGCACACUCAUCAUUGUGUCUAGUGCGGAGUUGAUUCACGAAGCUCUCGUGCAGCGUGGUCCCUUAUUUGCCAGCCGUCCUGCUGACUCACCUAUUCGCCUAGUCUUCAGCGUUGGAAAAUGCGCUGUCAACUCAGCCGAGUACGGUCCCCUGUGGCGAACACUCCGCCGUAACUUCGUGACGGAGCUGAUAAACCCGGCGAGAAUCAAGCAAUGCAGCUGGAUACGGAAGUGGGCCAUAAAAAGCCAUUUGGAAAGACUGAGGAAAGAGAAUUCGGAGAAGGGAUUCGUGGAGGUGAUGAGCAACUGCCGGCUGUCGGUAUGCAGCAUUCUGAUCUGCAUAUGCUUUGGAGCGAAAAUCCCGGAAGAGGAGAUUAAGGUGAUAGAGAGCAUAUUGAAGGACGUGAUGUUGAUUACGUUGCCGAAGCUCCCUGACUUUUUGCCGGUGCUUACACCUUUGUUCCGACGGCAACUGAAGCAGGCGAAGGAGCUGAGGAGAAAACAGUUGGAAUGUCUGAUACCGUUGAUAAGGAGGAGAAGGUUGUUCGUGGAGAGGAAUGGGGAUGAGAGCGUGAUGAAGGAUUUGCCGGAGAUGGUUAGUCCAAUUGGAGCUGCGUAUCUUGAUUCGCUAUUUGAACUGGAAACGCCUGGACGUGGGCGGUUGGGGGAGGAGGAGCUGGUCACACUUUGUUCGGAGGUAAUUAAUGCCGGAACUGACACCAGCGCCACGGCGUUGGAGUGGGCUUUGCUUCAUUUGGUUCAAGACCAACACAUUCAGGAAAGACUAUACAACGAAAUCAUUAGCGUUGUGGGUAAAGAUGGUGUGGUAACCGAAGGCGACGUAGAGAAAAUGCCAUAUCUAGGGGCAGUAGUGAAAGAGACAUUCCGGCGACACCCUCCCAGCCAUUUCUUACUAUCUCACGCGGCGACGAAAGAGACGGAGCUCGGCGGGUACACGAUCCCGGCGGACGCCAGCGUGGAGUUUUACACGGCUCAUUUAUCGGACGACCCCAACACGUGGGAAGAACCGGGUUCGUUUCGGCCGGAUAGGUUCUUGGAGGGCGACGGUGUUGGCGUGGACGUAACAGGAACUAAGGGCGUCAAGAUGGUGCCGUUCGGGGCAGGUCGGCGGAUCUGCCCGGCCAUGACAUUGGGGACGUUGCAUGUUCACAUGAUGCUGGCAAGAAUGGUACAGGCAUUCAAGUGGGUCCCGGCUCCUGGAGCCCCCCCGGACCCGACCGAGACUUUUGCGUUUACGGUGAUUAUGAAGAACCCUCUGAAGGCUACCAUAUUGGAGAGGUCGGGUUAAUAUUAGAGCCACUAUUUGUGGGAAAGGCUAUAACUUUGGUCUUUGUUUAAUUUUGUCAUACUAUUUCAAUUUAUGUAUACUAUCGACUAUCCUCCCAAAUGAAGCUAUUGUAUUUCUCCAAAACCCCAUGAAUCUUUCGUCUCCAAA